AGAGCCACUUGGGGCUCAAAGGGCUCAGGCCAUUUUGGCUGGAAGCGGGCAUGGCUCCGCCCCCCAAUGCCGGGGCAGCCCAGACGCCUCCCAGGGCCGCCGAGCCCUGCCGCGCGCUCUUGCGCGGCCUGGAGGCUGCGGGCCUUGCGGAAGCGGCGGCAGGCCAGAAGAAUCGGUCAAGCGGCUGUUGGGCUGCGCUGCUCGUCGGCGAAGAGCGCAGCUCGUCCGCGGCGCGGCCAGAAUGCCAGAAGGGCAGGCAGUUGGCUGCGCUGCUCGUCGGCGCGCGGACGCAGCUGGCAGCGAAGUCUCCCUCCUGUGGGGCGCAAUCCCAGCUGCUGGCGCGGCUGCUGGCGGCGGACUUACCCGCCGUGCUAUUAGCGGCGCUCGACGGCAUCGGGUUCGAGGAGAGGAAGGCCGCCGCGGGGCUCGUGGAGGACGUUCUCACGGCCGGGCUGCGGCACGGCGUAUCCGCCCGCCAGCAGGUGUGUUGCUACUUGCGCGGCCAGCCCCAGGUUGCCGAUCUGCUCCUGUGCGGCUGCAGAAGCGGCGAGCUGGCUUUCCUGUGUGGGCAAUUGCUGUCUGCGUGCGCGGGGGACGCGGCGGUGGCAGAGCUGCUUCUCGAGGGCGGCGCGCCCAUGAGGUUGGUUUCCACGGCGCGCGCACCGUGUUGCUUCGAGGUGGCUUCCACCGCGCUCGCCGCACUCCAGGAGCUGUUGCUGGGCGGCGCAGAGGCAUCCGCAGCAUACCUGCUGGAGAACUUCCGGGAGUUCUUCCUCGUCUACCACGACCUCUUGCAGUGCUCCGACUACGCGACGAAGAGGCAGGCGCUCUCCGUGCUGAGCCGUGUGCUGCUCAGCCCCGGGUUCGGUGGCGUGAUGGCGAGGUACGGCUCGAGCGCGAGGAGCCUGAAGCUACAGAUGACGCUGUUGCUGCACCCCACAACGAUGGUCAAGGUGGGAGCGUUCCACAUAUUCAAGAUCUUCGUCGCCAACCCGCACCAGGCGCCGGCGGUGCAGGAGAUCCUGUUCAAGAACCGGGAGGGCCUGGCGAGGCUCCUGCGCUCGAUGCGCGAGCUGUGCGAGGCGAGCGACAAGGAGCUCCGCGAAGACCUCGUGGCGGUCGCGGCAGGGCUGCUCGGCAUGCGGCGGCCCGAGGGCCGCACGCCGCAUGCCAGAGACCUGCGCCAGCACUGCCAGCCGAUGAGAGCCGGGCCAGGAGGCGCGCACCAGGAGUGGUCCGACCUCUUCGUCGCCACGCCGGCAUCCCGGGAGUCGGAGUCGCUCGCCCUCUCCGAGGCCGUCGCCUUCGUGGGCGUCCACUGAGCCCAGCCGCUGCAGGAGAUCACCUGCCUGCUGUUUCUGUUCUCCGUGUCUCAGUGUUGACGAGUGUCGUGCAUGUUCUGUCCCCACCUCCAAGACGGCGCAAUACAGCGCGUCUGAAAUACAAGAUUUGCACUAGUUGCGUUCAGGAGGUUGCCAGUAUUUCCUAAUAAGGUUUUGCCUGUGGGGUCUUGACGUUUUCUGCUCAACGGGCCCUGCAACUAUAGCACAUUGUUUCCAGGUUCGUUGAGGACGCCCCUUCCUGGCUCUUUCAGAAUGUCCUGGCCCAUCUUGCAACCAUGUGGCUCGCGUUGGGCUUACUAUGUCGAUGUUUGUUCCCUUGCGUGUGUAUGCAGCGUGUCUUUAGCCUAUGCAUGGCUCAAUGUCUCAAAUAGCUGCAAUGUGUUAGCAUCUGGAUGUGCUUCAAGCUUGUCUUAAGCGCUCUACGAACGUACUGCUUCAUUGCCUGUGGUUAGUAUAUAGCUUGCCUUCUUUGUGUUCGCACGUAGCUCGUCAGGUUUGCCUUGCCUUGAG